GUUAAACUGAUCUUGUUAAACUGAUGAUAUAACCUAUUUUAAAAAGUUUUACUUUUCAAGCAUUUAUACACCUCUAAAUCUGUUUUUAAGAACUUAGAACUCAAAAGUGACUUGCAGAUUGAUUGAAAAUGUCUAACAGAACAGCUUUAACUUUCGUCACUGGCAAUAUCAAGAAAUUGGAAGAAGUUAGAGCUAUUUUGGGAACCACCUUUCCCUUUGAAGUGAUAAGUCACAAAUUAGAUUUACCGGAGCUUCAAGGCGAAAUAGACGAAGUUUCCAUUAAAAAAUGUCAAGAAGCCAGCUUGAGACUUAAAAAGCCGGUCUUCAUUGAAGACACCUGCUUGUGUUUUAAUGCCUUAGGUGGUUUACCGGGACCUUAUAUUAAAUGGUUUCUAGAAAAAUUAAAGCCCGAAGGGCUUAACAAGCUUCUAACAGGCUGGGAAGAUAAAUCGGCUGAAGCAGUGUGUACUUUUGCAUACAGUUCUGGUGAACCUAACUCUGAAGUCUUAUUAUUUAAAGGUAUAACCAAAGGAACUAUUGUGCCUCCUCGAGGUUCCAGAGAUUUUGGAUGGGAUUGUGUGUUCCAACCUGAGGGCUACAAUAAGACAUACGGUGAACUAUCAAAGGAAGAGAAGAACAAAAUAUCACAUAGAUAUAGGGCAUUGGAUAAAUUAAGACAACAUUUCUUAAAUCCAGAUGCACUGCCUUGAGUGUAAAAAGUUCCCUGUUUACGACUGGAGAGUAAUUAUUAUUUCUUAAGUCAUAAUGUUCAGCAUGUGGCAUGUUCACCUUUGUUAUUGUGGCCGUUCUGCUCAUAUUCUUACUGACUAUAUCACCGUCUGCUACAAACACUGAAGAUAC